AUGCUAGAUGUGAAACGAAAGAAAAGCAUCAAAAUCAGGCAAACAAACUUGAGAAGAGCAACCCAUGCUCAUGGCACUGACUUGAUCUUAAUCCAGCCUGAAGAUCCUGCCGGCUUACUUUGCUUCUUGGACAUGUGUGACGAUGCGCUUGUAAAACCCCUUGUACGAACGACCUUUCCCGUCCCAGCCUGCGCGAAUUGCAGACUCGAUGUGGUAGACAAGCUUGGCAGAAAGCCCAACGCCUGUGGAAUGCACCGGGAUGUCAUCUCCACCCUGAUGGCAGCACCGCCACUGGAAACAUCGCAGCGGAUCCGGUGCAGACACGUCGUCGUGCAGACCGAUCGGAAAGCAUCAAGAGCUGUGAGUGAAGAACUUGCGUGUUUGAGGUGA